AUGAUGAAAGCCGUUAUUGUUGCCCUUGUCGUCUGUCUGGCUGUCGCCUCGGCCAUUGAAUACGGAUACCCCGUUAUGUACGGAGGAUAUGGAAUGGGAGGAUAUGGAUACGGCAUGGGAGGUUACGGCAUGGGAGGAUACGGCAUGGGAGGUUACGGCAUGGGAGGUUACGGCAUGGGUUAUGGAAUCGGCAUUGGAAUCGGCCACGGAGGUUACGGCAAAAAAAUUAAACACGGAGGUUACGGCAUGGGAGGUUACGGCAUGGGAGGUUACGGCAUGGGAGGUUACGGCAUGGGUUAUGGAAUCGGCAUUGGAAUCGGCCACGGAGGUUUUGGAGGUUACAGUUACGGCAAAACAUUUACGUUCUACUGA